AUUUCGAUGGAAUUAUUCUUUCUUUUCCGUUUAAAAUGUUUCGGGCAAUCGGUUACUUCCGCAUUACUGCGUCGCGUCACUCCUGAAAAGAUGCUGCCAGUGUAUAGAUUUGAUAAAAAGAUUAACCAUGAAUUGAAUUGAUUUAUUAACAAAAGGAUUUAAAGAUUAAUUUAGUCGCAGGCGGCGAUGGAAAUUAUACAUCAUUUUGGUCGAAUAGAAGAGAGUACAGACGAGGGAACAAUCUGUGACGAUAACAUCGGGAUGGUUUUGGAGGAAGCUGAAAUAAUAGAUACUGAUGGUAACAUAGAAAUUACAUCAGAAGAUGAUAAUGUUCAAUAUCAAUUUUGUCAGAUAAAUAGAAACGAAAGUGCUGUGGCUUAUCGUGUUGUACAAGUUAGUGAUAAUCAUUUGGACAAUAAUGAAUUAUCCAUAGCAACGCCUGUAAAUAAUACCGUACAAGUUUUGACUUCCCCAAUAAAUGGACAGUUUUAUUUGUUGAGUAGUGAUAAUGAAGUGCUUACCUCAGAUUCCGGAAGGAAUGUAAUACCUCGCGUUGCCAAAGUACAAAUAGAAACAUCUGAGAAUCUUGUUCCAGGUAUCAAAAAAAGAGACGAAAGAAGAAGAGUAACGCAUAACGAAGUAGAAAAGCGUAGAAGAGACAAGAUCAACAAUUGGAUCUUCAAAUUGGGAAAGCUUUUACCAGAUAAUGAAAAUGGCAUUAACGGAGGAGAUAUAAAAGCUACUUCUGAAUUACAAAGCAAGGGUGAUAUUCUAGCACGAGCAUGCGAAUACAUAACGGAAUUACGAGAGAUUCGAGAGAAGUAUGCUCAAAAUUUAGAAGAGAAUACGCAGUUGUUAGAGGAAGCCAAAGCUCUCAGACAAGUUGCGACUCAAUUGAGAAAAGAUAAUUACCAAUUAAAAUCACAAUUGUCUAAUAAUACCAAUUAUAUCCUAGGCACUUAAUCAUUAACUCUAUCUUUAUGAUAUUCGAUAUAUUUUCUCUCUUUCUUUUUUUUUUCUUUUCUUUUUUUUUUUAAAUUUUGACCAAUGUGUUCCACAACUUUUUUUUAUACUACAUCUACAGGACGUACGUAGCGCAAUAAAACGUGACUGUAGUAAUUACAAAAUGUUUAUUUACACGUAUUUAACUCAACAAUACUUGUAUAUGAUAAACGAUAAAUCGCAAUUAUAUAGUUAUAAAUUCAAACUGUACAGAUAUACUAUAAACAAUAACUAUAUAUAACGCGAAUGAUAGAUUAAAAGUUGAAAAUUUAUUAUUAAAAUCAUUAAAUCAGAUGUACAAAUAUACAAAACAUUAUUACGCCAUAAUCAAUAAGUAACUUCGUUCAAAUGUUACAUAUAACUAACUUGAAAGUUACUUUUUUUAUUCUGAAAUGCGUUGAAAUUGUUAACUGGUAGGUCUACAGUAUUUACAAUUGUAAAAUACAUCUAUUUAUGUACAUUCAACAGAGCAACAUGUUCAGUAUUAUUUUCUUAAUUCAUUGCCAUGAUAUAUCUAAGUAUGUUGAUAAUAACAAAAUGAGCUUUAUAUCUUUUUCUCCUUAAAUAUGCACAUACAGUUAUCAUUAUCAAAUUUAGGGGAAAAUAUAUAUAUAUGUAUAUGUAUAUGUAUAUGUAUGUAUAUGUAAUUUCUAGUAUUAUUAUUGCUUCAAAGCACAUUAUUUUACUUUUUGUAUGUAGCUGUUCAGAAGUAGUACUUGUACUUUAUUGGCUCUAAGCAAUAAUGGCAAGAGAGGCUUCCAAUAAUAGUACAAGAGAAGGAAUGAUAUUUAUAGUUGCGUGUCUCUAAAUAUUUUUUAGAUUUUUAGAACGUUUCAUCGAUUAUUUAAGAUUAUAUUGAAAAUAAAUAUUAAUUGUCGAAAUCAACGUUCGUCUGUUAGUAUUUCCUUUCUUAUCCGUUUAAGCAUAAAUUCGAUAAUUUCUUUUGGUGAAUAAUAAAUAAUUUAAUAUUAUUUUCUCUAAUCCCUUUAUCGCAAGAAAGAGAGAAAGAGAUAGAAAGAGAGAGAGAAAGAGAGAGAGAGAGAGAGAGAGAGAGAGAGAGAGAGAGACACGAGAUAUUAUUAAAUAAGUCAAUCAUUUUUAUAGCUUGUCCUUGUGCAAUAGUAUACACAAAGUAAUCACAUUGAAAUCAAAAAAUUCGUACUAUAAAAAUAACUCUGAGAAGAGCUAGGUCCAGCAAUAAAUGUAUGUACCUUUCUAAUCUAAGCGUCAACGUUACUAACAAUUUCUAUACAGCUUAAUAGGAAUCUUAUUUUCCUGAUCUACUGAUUAUAUUGUCUUUGUCAUAUAGUAGAUGCAAUGCAAGAAACUGAGCGAAAACUUAUAUAUUUAGUUUAUCCUUCCUCCCUCCUCCUUUGUCUAAAUAUUUUUUUUUCUUUAUAAUCGUGCAUUGAAAUGAAAAUGUUACCGAACAAAAGAAAAAUACAUGUACGAAGCCAUUUAACGAUAACAUUUUUCUGUUAUUUUUUUUCCUCAGCAUACAAUUGUGAUUUUUUUUUUUUUUUUUUUUUUUUUUCUUUUUGGUUUAUCAAAGCAGACAUGUGUAGAAAUUGAUCGAACAAAGAUGUUUCUUCAAACAUAUUGGCAGUGUUGAGAACUUUCGAUCGGUGAGAGCAAAUCUUUAUUUUUUGUUUAUUAUUUCAUAAUUUUUCUUUUUUUGUUUUUUUUUUUUGUUCACUUUUCUUUUAUUUCUCUUUUUUUCCAUUUUUUCUUUUUCUUUUUUUUUUUUUUUCUUUUUUUUUCCCCCUUUAAAUUUCGAACUUUCGCGCGUCGAAGUUGAAGAAAUUUCAUUUACAUAGACGUUUGAUCUCAAAAUUCAUUCUUUAUCGUUCAAUCGAUUUUCUUCUAUUACGAAUCCUCGCGUUCUGUAUAAGAUUAGAAAAAAACGUGCAGAUUCCUUAGAUGGUCUUCGUGUAACGACGAGGGCUUUGAUAUGCGUACUAUAUUUACAUACCCAGUGAUAUAUAUAUAUAUGUAUAUUCUUUUUUUUUUCUUUUUUUCUUUUUUUUUUUUCUUUUGCCUUUAUACUCAAGUUUUCAUCAAACAAAGUGUCACUUUGUUAUGCCACGAAAACGUGUACAUAAAUCGUGGCAUUGUUAAAAUUAAUUCAAUCGUUGGAAAAACUAUUAUGAGUAUUAUCAUAAUUGCAGAGUUCACGUGGAAUAACAAAGUAUUAAAUUUAAUGAGGAGGUAAUAAAAGUUACGAAGGAGCCCAUUUGAGAUGUCAUUUACGAAAGACCCUUUAAUCAUGUUCCGCAAUAAUUAUUUCCUCCUAUACAAGCGCGCGUAUCAUAUUCAUCAGUCUUUCGAUCAUUAUUAAAAAGAAAAAAAAAAAAAAAAAAAAAAAAA